GGAGGGGGGGGGCAGAGAGGAGGAAGGAAGAAGCCGCCGCUGCUGCUGCUGCUGCUGCUGGAAGAGGAGGUGGCGGCGGCGGCGGUGGUGGUGGUAGUGCUGCAGCCGCGGGCAGAGCCUCCCCCUCCCGCCGCGGGCCGGGCGGGGCGGGCUCCGGAGCCGAGAUGUCUCAGGAGCGGCCCAAGUUCUACCGGCAGGAGCUGAACAAGACGGUGUGGGAGGUGCCCGAGCGCUACCAGAACCUCUCCCCGGUCGGCUCCGGGGCCUACGGCUCCGUCUGUUCUGCCUUUGACACAAAAACUGGGUUGCGUGUGGCUGUAAAGAAGCUGUCCCGACCAUUUCAGUCUAUCAUCCAUGCCAAAAGGACCUACAGAGAGCUACGGCUACUUAAGCACAUGAAACACGAAAAUGUGAUUGGCUUGUUGGAUGUGUUCACCCCUGCCAAGUCACUAGAAGAAUUCAAUGAUGUGUACUUGGUGACACACCUUAUGGGAGCAGAUCUGAACAACAUUGUGAAAUGCCAGAAACUCACUGAUGACCAUGUGCAGUUCCUCAUAUACCAGAUUCUUCGGGGCCUGAAGUACAUUCAUUCAGCUGACAUAAUACACAGGGAUUUAAAACCUAGUAACCUAGCUGUAAAUGAAGACUGCGAGCUGAAGAUCCUGGAUUUUGGCUUGGCCCGACACACAGAUGAUGAGAUGACCGGGUAUGUGGCUACCCGGUGGUACAGGGCUCCUGAGAUCAUGCUGAACUGGAUGCAUUACAACCAGACAGUUGAUAUUUGGUCAGUGGGAUGCAUUAUGGCUGAACUGUUGACUGGAAGAACGUUGUUCCCUGGUACAGACCAUAUUGAUCAGUUGAAGCUCAUUUUGAGACUCGUUGGAACCCCAGGGCCUGAGCUUUUGAAGAAAAUCUCCUCAGAGUCUGCAAGAAACUACAUUCAGUCUCUGUCUUACAUGCCGAAAAUGAACUUUGAAAAUGUGUUUAUUGGUGCCAAUCCACUAGCUGUGGACUUGCUAGAGAAGAUGUUGGUACUGGAUACAGACAAACGAAUUACCGCAGCAGAAGCGCUGGCUCAUGCCUACUUUGCUCAGUAUCACGACCCGGACGAUGAACCAGUGGCAGACCCCUAUGACCAGUCUUUUGAAAGCAGAGAACUUGAGAUUGAAGAAUGGAAAAGCCUGACUUACGAUGAAGUAAUCAGCUUUGUGCCACCACCGCUUGACCAAGAGGAGAUGGAGUCCUGAGAAACUGCUCUCUUCUGUUUGUCCCACUUCACUGUGAGGGGAAGGCCUUUUCAUAGGGACUCUCCAAUUCGUUCAAGUGCCUCGUCACAACAAUAUUCUCCUUGGUGGAGGGGUUUUGUGUGUGUUGAAUUGGGGAGGGUGGGGGGAGGGAAGAAAGCUGAGUCUAUGUAAACAUGCUGCAUGCUCUCUUGUAUUCUGUGUACAGCCUGGGGCAAGCCUCUGAAGACCUGUUCUGACUGCUCUUCAGUCCUUCCAGAGUAACAGUGCUCAACCUGUUUGCACUGCUGGGGCGAGGUGGGGAAGCUGACGUUUAAAGUUUGGUUACAAUCCUUGCCAUUUAUCAAUUCUUCUACAAUUAAGUAACCUCAAAAUAAUGGAAGUUGUUUUAUAGGCUUAGAGAGUCCUCUGUUUUCCUCAGGACUGAAGGUGGGGUUGAGGGAUGUCCUUGUUCAAUGCCAGAUGGCUGAUUUACGUCCAGAUCUUCCUGGUACAGCAGAAUGUACAGGCCUACUAAUGUCUGAUUCUUGGAACAUGAAAAGGUUUUGUUUGAAACUGUAAAUAUGUUUGUGCCUUAAAUGAAUGGGGAGAGAGGAGAAAGGAAGUCUGGAGUGGAAAUCUCUGACCCACUGUUUUUCAGGGUGAAGGCCCCCAGAUAGCCAGGCAUGAACUCGAUGUAAUCAGGAAAUAACUUUCCGAGGCAACAGCCUCUACCCCUGGAUUUGGGUAUUCCUGUUUUUUUUCCCUCUUCCCCUCCUCUCGUUCUGAGGCUUCCCAGCAUUAGCUCCCACGAGACAGAGGCUGGAGAAGAUUCUUGCUAGCCACACGUUUGUGUAUUUUGUUCCUUAAAAGGUGGGGUGUUUUUGCAUGUCGUAGCUGUAUGUGCAUGUAGAGCUGCUUGAUUUUUGUCAUUACUUCUUGGGGAUGGCACUAGGGCAGUUAAAUCGUCGGUGAACUAUUUUACUGAGUACCUCAGCCAGUGCCGUGAAAUCACAGCAUCCUUCCUCUUGUGCUGCAGCUCAUUGUGAAAUACCUGCCAUUCUGGAGGCUUUGGCGAGGAAAGGAUAAAAUAUACAGCAUAGAAACCUGCACCUUUUUCUUUGCGUUCUGAUCUUCUGGUUUCAGAGAAGGAGAGCUUGGGACGGAGGGUUUCUUGUGAGAUCAAAUGUAAAAAAUGUUCUUUAAAGAAACAACCAUGGAUCUUGUGCCAGAACUUAACUUAUUUCCUGAAAAGAAUUUUUUUAAAAGUAUUGGAAUCCAAAGCAAAGAAAUAAGCAUGCAUAAAACCACAAUCUCCCUUUUACUGUCUAUAUCUAUAAAUAUAAAUAUUUAUAUAUAUAAAAACCUGACAUUUACUAGGGGUUUUUUUACCCUCUCAGAUAAGAGCUUCUUGGCUGUUUUUUAGCAGGUUGAUCUCUGCCUGAGGAAACAUGAAAAGCGAGUAUGUUUGAAUACAAACAUGGUUCAAAUAUUUUGUAUUUUACAGGACUCUGUGUGAAAUGAAAUGCCCAGAGUUAGAGACUGGCAGGAGGGAGGUUUCUCAGCAUGUUUGUGUGCUAGAACUGUACCUGGGGAGCUCAGGAGCUGGAUUUUAGGAUUUGCGGAGGAGACGUUUUUAGACAUCUAUUUGUUGCAGGCAUCCUGUGUGGGCAACGUACCUGUGUGUGUGAGGAGAAACGCUUUUGCAGUAUUUUGUAUUCUUGUUACCUAUGGGACGGAGAGGAACUGUUUGUAGUGGUUUUACCCCUUGUUUGAAGAGGCGGCACAAAGGGAUGGGACAUGGAUGACAAAGCCAUUGAUUCUUCCUAGGCUACUUUCCAGUGAUCUCUUCAGGUCAAACACUUAAUAAAGGUCUGGGGUGAGAUGAAGAGAGCAGUUAUUUCAUGCUCUGGGAUAAAACUUGCCUCAGACCAACAAAAUCAAGACAGAAAACCUCCCUUUUCUGCUGGACCAGCAGUCCAGGUAUUCAAAUGAAAAUGUAGAUAUACUAUGUAAACCUACAGCAAGAUUAUUUUUAUCAGCCAUUUUAUGUGUAGAUGCUACAGUGUGAUUUCAUGCGGAAAUAUUGCUAAAGAUUUUUAAAAAUAUAGACGUUGUGUGUGUGCGUGUGUGUCUGUGCGUGUGUGUGAGUGGGAAUGUUUCAUUUGGAGUCCGUACUCUAAUGGGAGCCCGCGUGGCAUGCACUCCCUACCUUCAGUGCAAUGCUGUUCAGCUGCCUGCAGCCUGAACAGGGGGACGCACUUCAAAGAAGAGAUGAUCUGCUAUUUUGUUUCUAUCCAUGAAUUUUGCUGUAAUUGGUUAUGCCAGAUAAGAUGUCACAAUACCACUGGUUAAAAAUAAAACCUAUUUUUCAGA